UGAAUGAAAAGAGCAUGUUGGUGUUAGUUCAGCCCGAAAUGCGGCCGAUUGCGGUAUCGUUUCAGGAGGAGAACAAAAGGUCUUGUUCUCCUCAAAGGAUUUCUAACGGACUGGCUCCAAUCCCGCCAAAGACGCCCGUCCAGUCGCCCAGGGCUCCCAGCAAGCGGGCAACUGCUGUUGAGCAGCCGACGACGGCUCCAUCGACGAGACUCUCUGGAUUAAUGAAGAGGAUUCAAGCCAAAGCCAAUAAUUGCCAAACACAGUUGGAAUCGUUCGUGAGUAAUGUGUCGUCGGCCGUUCACGGUGUUGGCCAAAAGAAAACGACGGUGCCAGUGAAGAAUUGCCCGCAAGGUGUGGUCAUCGGACCCGUUCCUUCCAGCCCAAUCUCCGCUCACUAUCACCAUCACAAUGUUGGCGUCAGGAGCAACAGUCUACCUCGGCCGUACCCGGCCUACGCUGGGCAGAAGGGCAGAGAGCAGCCGGACAGACCGGUUGGCGAUGAAGAGGACAAGAAUCCAGCGACCAAACAUACGUACGUCAUCAAACUUGCCACUUUGACCCCGGCCACAAUGAGUUCGGCCCACCUGCGGAACCCAGGGUCGAACCAACAGCAGCAACGCGGCCCGCCAGAUGGUCCGUUCAAGACGUGGAACGCUCCAGCCAGCAACAAAACGAGACCCGGUCUUUCUCUGGUGGGUUUCCGGCCCGAUAAGCACGUCACUUGCAUCGAAGUGACUCUCAUCAACAACAAGACUUCGGCGCCAACGACACCCGUUUCGGAAGAACUGCCCGGCAGUAUUCAAGAGCAGCCGGGCAGCAAGUCGCCGGGAGCCAACAGCACCGGAAUGAAGACUUACUGCUUUGGUGAACUGCCGGUGGACGGCGAUAAAUCACCCAGCGGGACGUUGAGCUCACGGAGCAGCUCCAGAGGCUCAGAACAAUUCGAUUCCGGAUUUGAAGACAUAACCAAUCGCAAGCUGACGCCGCCAUUGCAGACGCCUCCGUCGUCGACGUCCAUCAUCCGCUCGAUUUUCGAUAAAAUCGGCGGGCAGGAGAAGCAGCGAACCCCCAAAGUGCAGGCCAAACGGAGUACGAUCCGCAGAGAGAAGGCCUUCCGCCAGCGGAACAAACACGCCUGGUCCAGAGCCAAAGAGAUCCAGCGAAACGACGAACUACUCCAGCGCUUCCACCAGAUUCGGAAGCGACUGGGAGAGGAAGACGAGCAAGACGACACGGGAGGGAUCAUCUCGAGCAGCUUGCGGCUCUCGCCGGAAUCGGCGAUGAUGCCGACCGUCGGAGGACUUCCCCCGGACUUGCUGUGCCCCCUUCCAUCCAUCGUUCAGACUCUAGUCCGUCAAUACGACACGGGAGGCGGACAACCUCGUUCUCGUGACAAGAUUGUCCCGUCCCGACUCCAUUCGAAACGAUCUUCCGGUCUUCCGUCUAAACAACAGCAGACCAUAUCCAGCAGCAACAACAACAGCAGCAGCGACGACAACGCUUUAGUCAGCAACAACACUCAGGUUUUCCCUCCGGUGAGACGUCCAGGCCGGCCGAUGGACUACCGCGACAGCGCCUACGAGUCCCGGCGCACCUCUCAAUUCACCGGUGGCAUUUCGCUGGACAACUUCCGCUUCAUCAGCGUCCUCGGGCGCGGCCAUUUCGGCAAAGUCAUUCUGGCACAAUAUCGCAACACUGGCGAGUACUUUGCCAUUAAAGCGCUGAAAAAGGGCGACAUCAUCGCCCGCGACGAGGUCGAAUCGCUUUUGGCCGAGAAGCGCAUCUUCGAGGUGGCCAAUUCCACCCGCCAUCCUUUCCUCGUCAAUCUUUUCUCCUGUUUCCAGACCGAUACCCACGUCUGCUUCGUGAUGGAGUACGCAGCCGGCGGCGAUUUGAUGAUGCACAUCCACGCCGACGUGUUCACGGAGCCGCGUGCCGUCUUCUAUGCCGCCUGCGUCGUUCUUGGCCUUCAAUAUUUGCACGAGAACAAAAUCAUUUACAGAGAUUUAAAGUUGGACAAUUUACUGCUGGACACCGAAGGCUACGUGAAAAUCGCCGAUUUUGGACUGUGCAAGGAAGGAAUGGGAUUCGGCGACCGGACGGGCACCUUCUGCGGAACGCCCGAAUUCUUGGCGCCCGAGGUGCUGACGGAACCGACGUACACCAGGGCCGUCGACUGGUGGGGCCUGGGCGUCCUCAUCUUUGAGAUGCUGGUCGGCGAGUCGCCGUUCCCUGGCGACGAUGAAGAGGAAGUCUUUGACAGUAUCGUCAACGACGAAGUUCGCUAUCCUCGAUUCCUUUCGCUGGAAGCCAUCGCCAUCAUGCGGAGGUUGCUGCGGAAGAAUCCGGAGAGCCGCCUGGGAGCCAGCGAGCACGACGCCGAAGACGUAAAAAAACAGGCAUUCUUCCGGCACGUUCAUUGGGAGGACCUUCUGGCUAGACGGCUCAAGCCGCCCUUCGUGCCGACCAUCAGAUCGAUGGAGGAUGUGAGCAACUUUGAUGAAGAGUUCACGUCGGAGAAGCCUGUGCUGACACCACCCAAGGACCCGCGUAUCCUCUCGGAUGACGACCAGUCCCUUUUCAAAGACUUCACCUACAUGGCCGACUGGUGUUGAUUGUCGUUACUUAAACCAACAAAUUCUUUUCCCUUUUCAUUUGCCUUUCCCUUUAUCCCCUGUUUCCCCAGUUUUAUAGUUUGGGCCAUCCCACACUCCCCUUUCACUCGUUGAUUAAUCAUCUAACCAAACACAAUUUGUUUCCGUCUUCUUCAGGCAACACUCCUCCCACCCCUACUACACCAUUAGCUUAACUCGAAACAUUGGUCGGGGUCAUGUACAUUGUUUCUCGAUAGGAAUUCUUUUGUUCUUUGUAUUCUCAGUUUUCGGGAGGGUCUCGAUGGGAUUCGAUGGGUUCCGCAGCUCUUACCACACAAUUAUUAAAUGGAUCUAAAAA